GAAAAGAAAUCUUGACACAAACAGAUAAGGAAGAACUUGGCCACAACCACUAUAGAGACGAAUUUCGAAUAGAUCGUUUGGAAAAAGAAAGGGGAAAAGGAGACACCACAAUGUCUCAAGUGAUUCAGUAUUCGGAAGCGGAUUUGUUGUAUCUGUCUAAAUCUCCGCUUAUAAAAAAACCGGAAAAUUUACCAGAAUGGAUACUUCCAGAGGCUAUGAAAGCUGAUCGCGAGCGACACAUACGGCAGGAAAAGGAAAUGAAAAGUAAACAUGAUGAUGAAGGAAGACAGAUGCAGUCAGAUCGGAAAUAUGCCAAAUCAAAACACGAAGAUAUCAUCCUUGGGCCUCCAAAACUCAGUUUUGCAAGCAGCAAUGAAAACGGCCGCUCUAUUGGUCGUCAUGAUGAUUUAUUAUCCUUAGGAAACGUCUACAAUGGAUCCGCAGUACGACAUCGGAACGGAGUUCCAGGUCCUGUACCAACAAAAAAUGCUUCUUUAAACAAUAUCGCAUCGACUUCAUCGCCUUGGACAAGUCUUAACAAGCAUGGUCGUAAAAAGGACUUCGAUCGUCGUGAUGAUAAUGAAGGACUAGAUCGAUUGUCAAAACAAAGGGCCAGUGCCAACCCUACAAGUCCUAUGAUUCCCAAUAGUACUGAAGAGUUUGAAGCAUGGAAGCGUAUGAUGAAGGCUAACACGGCCGAGACACCUGUCAUUUCAGGAAUGCCUGCUGUUGCUCAUGUAGCUUCCCAAAAGCCAGUUCCUUCCCUUUCAAGAGCUGCUUCUGGUUCUGGCACUUCUUUUUCUGCCCGUGCAAACGUUAGUGUUGACUCUCUUUUUGGAAAGCGACCCGUUGCCCCUUCUGUUACUUCUGUUGCUCCGCCAAUUGGAACUCCUGGUGGUACGCCUCCACGAUUUGCUUCUCCUGCUCUUGGGCUGGAAACAGCCGCUCAUGUUGCUCCUUCUACUACCUCAUCGAGAUUCAGUAAAUUCUUCAACGGAUUAGGUGGUCCUGAGACAUCGAAGCAGUCAACACCAUCGGUAUCCCACUCAGCUUCCCCAAAAGUGAAUAAUGCCCCAACCGCCCCUUCGGCUAUCCAUGAUAAAGAUGCAGAGGGAUUUCAACGUGUCCUUGCAAUGCUAGGACGUCAAACUUCUAGCGCAUCUGCUUCGCCUAGAGUUCCUGCGGUGCAGCCUUCCACUAUGUCCAAUUCACCUACUGUCAAUCAUGGUAACCCCGGAGCUAUGUUUACAAUGUCUUCUCUCACUUCUCCUGCUGCUUCUGUCGCACCUCCUCCUGGAUUAAGUAGCCAUGCACUCUCUACUGAAGAUGCUUCAUUUUUCCGUUCUCUUAUUCAUUCUGAUGCCCGACCUGCGGUACCUCCUCCUCCUGGAUUUUCUACAAGUAGUGUGGCUUCCCCUGACAAGGGUGUUUCCAAUCCUCCUCCAGGUCUUUACAAUCAUUAUCCUAUGGGACCUGUACCACCUAUGAGCUCUGUACCGGCUCCUGCUCCUCCUCCUGGUUUUGGAUUCCAACAGCCUCCACUCCCUUAUUCACCAGGUUUUUCUCCAAGCAUGUAUGCUCAACCACGUAUGUCAGGUCAUCCUCUCCCGGACCUUUCAAAAACUUCACACUAAAUCUCUUUGUUUUUAUGACAUAUGAAGUCUGCAGAGUUAAAUGUUGUUAAUGAAGUUUUAAAGGAAGGUUUUUAUAUGGAUAUAUUAUGAAGGUAUUUUAGGAAAUUAUCUAAAGCAAUGAAUUUGCACAUGUCUAAAUUUUAUAAAUUCCUAUUUGAUAAAUGCUGGUUUUUUCGUAUAUAUCGUUUUUAGAAUAAUGUAACGAUUUAUUUUAUUUGUAUAGGCAAAAUGAUUUAGAAUACUGCGAUUACGGAUAAACCUUGUAUUCGAGCAUAGUAGACAAGACGCAAUGAUACAAACUACUUUGACAAGUCAUUAUACUUUUCUUUCGUUUUUUUUAAGGGCUUUUUGUAUGUGCAAAAGGUUUAAUUAUCAUGUGCUUGCAUAUAGCGUUCUUUG